GGCGGGGGCUGCCGCCCCUGUUGCUCGCUGACAGCCGCCGCUGCCGGUGUCUGAGCGGGUUGGCAGCCGUGCUCGCUGCCUCUUCCCUCGCCACCACCACAGCCACCGUCGCGCGUGUGCCGAGCCGAGCCGUCGGCGCGGCUGCAGCGGCAAGGCGGGGAAACGUUCCUCGCCGCUCCGCCUCCGAUCGCCGCCCGCUGCGGGGAUGUGUGAUUGCCAUGGCGAAGCGGCUCUUCCCGGGGGCCUGGCUCAGAAAACCCCAGUACGCGCAGGUCCGUUUCUCGUAUAUUCGGGUGAAGUAUCUCUUCAUCUCUUGGUUAGUAGUAUUUAUUGGCAGCUGGGUUAUAUAUGUUCAGUACUCCACCUACACAGAACUAUGCAGAGGACAUGACUGUAGGAAAAUAAUAUGUGAUAAAUACAAGACUGGAGUUAUUGAUGGGUCAGCAUGUAGCAGUCUUUGUGCAAAAAAAACAUUGUAUUUUGGAAAAUGUUUGUCAACAAGGCCUAAUAACCAGAUGUAUUUAGGAAUCUGGGGAAAUCUGCAAGGUGUUAUAAAAUGCCAGAUGGAAGAAGCUGCUCAGCUUGAUUUUGGUACUGACCCAGAACCAAGGAAGGAAGUAGUCCUGUUUGAUAAACCAACAAGAGGAACCACUGUUGAGAAAUUUAAAGAAAUGGUAUAUGGUCUUUUUAAAGCAAAAUUGGGUGAACAAGGGAAUCUUCCAGAACUGGUUAAUCUCAUCCUGAAUUUCGCUGAUGGAAACAAAGAUGGUAGAGUUUCUUUGCCGGAGGCGAAAUCUGCGUGGGCACUUCUGCAGCUAGAUGAGUUCCUGUUAAUGGUGAUCUUGCAGGAUAAAGAACAUACUCCCAAGCUGAUAGGUUUUUGUGGGGAUCUCUACGUGACUGAAAGAGUUGAAUAUACCUCUCUCUAUGGAAUCAGCCUUCCAUGGAUGAUAGAACUUUUCAUUCCUUCUGGCUUCAGAAGAAGCAUGGACCAAUGGUUUACUCCAUCAUGGCCAAGAAAGGCAAAAAUAGCUAUAGGGCUUUUGGAAUUUGUGGAAGAUAUUUUCCAUGGACCUUAUGGAAACUUUCUUAUGUGUGAUACCAGUGCCAAAAACUUGGGCUAUAAUGAUAAAUAUGAUUUGAAAAUGAUGGAUAUGAGAAAAAUUGUGCCAGAAAAUAAUUUGAAGGAAAUAAUUAAAGAUCGCCAGUGUGAAUCGGAUUUGGACUGUAUUUAUGGUACAGACUGUAGGACUCUGUGUGACCAAACCACAAUGAGAUGUACCACAGAAGUAAUUCAGCCAAACUUGGCAAAAGCCUGUCAACUACUCAAGGACUAUCUGCUUCGUGGUGCUCCUCCUGAUAUUCAUGAAGAACUAGAAAAACAACUGUACUUGUGCAUCGCCCUUAAAGUCACAGCAAAUCAGAUGGAAAUGGAGCAUUCUUUAAUACUCAAUAACUUAAAAACUUUGCUGUGGAAGAAAAUUUCCCAUACAAAUGAUUCUUAGCUUCUUCACCAGCAGAAGACACUGAUGCCUGACAUGAGGUGGCCUCCCACCUUUGAUAAAAACAAUCUGCAGGAUUUUUUAAAGACAUUUCUUUAUUUAGAUUUCAUGAAUGGCUCUUCAACUCUGCCCUUCAGACAGGGCCGUAUGCCAGUGCUUCUCAGUGAAUGAACAUGACACUGAAUGUUCAGGCAGAGGCCACAAGCACCUCUGGUGUUCAGUGCUGUAUUAAGGAAACAAAAGCCCUGCAUGCUUGACUGUUCUGUGCACUUUGUCAGAUCUUUAACGGGAUGAAAGCAUUCACUGUGCCAUCACAUCAACUGAUGGAACAUCGUACAGUUCUGUGAAAAUCAUUGCUCACUUGUGAAACACCUGCAAAAGAUCUUUAAACUAAGUAGAUUUAUGAAGAACCACCACUACUGAAAACAAUGUGAGUCCAAGCUGCUGCUGUGAAUAACCUGAACUGAGACUGAAGUUUACUAUAACCUUGGCAUGGCAGAAUUUGCACAUUGAUGAUUUUUUAUUUUUAAACUGUGGAAAACGAGAAUUUUAGUCUAGAACUGACAGGUUGUAAUAUGAGACUUAAAUCAGAUUCUAUUUACACCUUGUUACCUCAUGCUUACAUCUUGGAUGUUUCAAUAGUUCAACACUUUUUAAUUAAGUCCUUAUACAGUGAACUAUAUUGGGAGCUGAGAAUUUUAGAAUGUUAUUUUUUACAAUCAUGUAUACAGUGUAGCAGCACUGUCAAACAGCCGUUUAAAAAACCCUAUUGAUUAUUGUGCUUCAGUUGAAACCUUUAACCCAAAUUAAACUGUAGCUAAUAUAGACAAGGAUUUUGUAGACUAUGCUAUUUUUAUGAGAACUGAAGUUAAUUUUUAAAAAUAAUGGUAGCAGAGAUGUCCUCAGAAUUAAAAAAGGAAGCUUAAAGUGUAGGAAUCUGCUGUAUGAUGUGAAAAAAUAGCUGUGGAUGAAGCCUUGACUGACUUCACUGUCCCUUUAAAUUUAGCUAUGGACUUGUACUUAAAUCCUAUUGAACUAUUGCAGAAGUAUGUAAGCAAGAGCUACAUCUGAACUGUAGGACAGAAGCACAGCAUCAUGGAAUAUUGCUGUAAUGGCAGCCUGUAAGUAACAACUAGGAAUGAGAUGGGGAAAAAAAGUGAGCUGUAGUGUCAAUUCUUUCUAGUAGCAUCUGAGUCAUGGUUAGGUCUCAAGUUGUGAGUAAACACCAUCUGAUCCUGGCAUUCCACAUGGCAUGACCACUGUGACACCUUUAAUCUGCAUCCCUGCUGUUUCUCUGAUUUGCACCUAUGUUCACAAUUAUGCAGAACUGGAUGUUCAUGUGACACCUUAAUGCUUUGCUCAGUACUUUUCUGUUUAUGCUUAACUUGCAAAUGCUUUAGGUAUGAAGUAGUUCAAUCCUUCAUGGUUUUAAUGACACUCAUAGCUGUACUAUGAGUACACAGCAAGUCCUGGUCCUUUAAUUUUCAGCAUAGGCAAGGACAAGUUUUAUUUCAAUACUUGAAAGGCUGAUAAUUGCUAUAGGUAUUCUGUAUUGAAUGCACUCUCUUAAAUGAUUAAGCUGAAGUACAGGAACCAAUUUCUCUAUUCUGUAUGUAUGAGUAUGAAGCUUGGGUUAAAAGUUUACUUUUGUAAACAUGUUUUUAGUUUAAAAAUUACUAUGCUAAUGCCAAUUGCCUCUGGCUUGUUUGGCAGCUACGCUGCACUCAGAUGUAAAGUGGUCAUGUUCUUAGUGGGAAAGAUCCAACAGUAAUUUUGGGCAGACAUUGCUGAAUCCACAAUUAUGUUGAGUAUUUCAAAAAACUGGAAAACUUUUCUAGUGCAGUUUCUUGUACAGAAACUUCAUUUUUAUUGCUGUUGCAUCAAGUUGGAGCUUUCAUUGGAAAAAAACCCCGCACUUCUGUUUACAAUAAAUCAGAAGUCUCCUUUUCUCUUU